GUUGGAGCGCAGUCAGGUGCUGGAGUCCAAGGGUCAGGUAGCGCUGAGGAAGGCAGUAAGCAGACCUUGGCUUUCUCUCUGGGGGUGGUGUCCAGUCGAGAGAGAGAGAGAGCGACUAUUUUUAUCACAGUGGAUCUGGCCGCCUCAGUCAAAGCAGAAUAACUACAGAUAACACCAUGAGCGGAAGGAAAUUCUCCCAAGAACAGACUCGUCCAGAGUCGUCCUCACACUUGGCGCUGCCUGACCUGAAGACGGUUCGAUGGUUACAGGACCAGGAGACGUUGAUGAAACUCUAUCAAUCGACGGCGAGGCGCUAUGUGAACCUGAAAGGAAUGUUCCUCGUGGGCUGGUAUCUCUUGGUGAUCGAGGUCGUUGCAGUCUGGUGGUGGACAUUACUACAUAACAUCGCCUUGCCACAAGUCGUAAUCAUACUCGUAGGCCACAUGGAUUCUGGAACCGUUUACGUCCUGGAAACUGUGUAUCGCAAGACAGACUGGUGGCGAGAUGCAGCAGGUGUCAGAUUCAUGUGGUUCAAAGAGAGCGUCGUCUUCUUCCUGGACAGAAAUCUCACGACGGCAGACAAGUACUUCGGACUCCUGCAAGACCAGAUUUUUGCCCUCAUCGCCUUCCUCACGAAACCUGUUAGACUUAUUGGCGAUGUCAUCUCUAAUUUUGCUGCACAGAAGCCUGGUGAGGGAGCUUACCCGAAGAUCAAGAACGGCUCCCUGAGGAGAAACUCCGAGGGCUACGAAGCCGAGGACAACGAGGACUUCGUGGAUGAGGAUUACCUCUCGGACGCGUCCUUGGACUCCAGGAGACUCAUGAAGGAGGACUCGAGAGGGCAAUUAUACACACGCCUGCACACGACCGCCACGGCCGAGGGGAAGUUCCGGGAAGCCAUGUACGUCAGGGUUCGAAACGAGCUGAGCAUCAUGAGGAAGAAUUCGAUCAGGUUCUCCACCGGAAUCGUGAACUGCGUCAGACAAAUGGUGGAAUUGCCAACAAGACAAAGCGGCAGAUCUUUGCAGGAAUUACUUCUAAGCAUAGCCAAGAAACUGAGGAUCUUGGAUCUGAUUCAGACACUCCAGGAAAACAUGAGCGGGCAACCCUACCUCGCCAGGCCGCUAAUCCUAGUAAGGGUUCUCAGCGAAGCUUGGCUCGCUUUUUUGCUUCGUUUGGUGAGGGUAAAAAAGAACAGGCGAACCAGGUCAAUGAGGUCAGAAAGCCUGCGUCGCCGGGCUCUCAACCCAAGUGGUAUGAGCAGUCUCCACCAACUAAGCCCCGCGGCUCUCCAGCAAUCCUCCGAGCCCGCGCCGUCUCUCCGCCUGCCAGUGUCAGCGACUCUGCAGGAGAGAGUCCAGAAACUCGAAGAAGAGGAUUUGGAAGGUUUUCCCUCAAAAGACAGCGCUCUAGGAAGUGAGGACUACCACUCCGAGGCGGCCACCCUCAGCGACCACGCCUCCCCCCGCGUCGAGGAAGGGCCGGAAUCGGGCAGCUCCGACAAGGAGAAAAAGCGCAAGGUCAGCUUCUCCGAUGUCACCGGGGAGCAGCUGGCACAGUUGCGAGCGGGCGCACCGGAAGUCAGACACAGGGGGGAGUCCCCUUCCUCCCUGUGCGCAGGAAGUCUUAGGGAUAUGAACGGGAGUUCCGGCAUUCCUAGGUCUUCCUUGAGCAGUGGGAGACAGUCUCCACUUCAAGAGGCUCCCUGGAAUUCGUCUCUGUCUUCUGAGGAGGGGAAUCAAGACCCGUCGUUGAGGAAAGUAAGAUCUCCCCAACAGAAACAUGUUAUGAUAAAGUCCAACUGAAUAUUCAUAUAAGCAACACAUACACACACACAUAUAUAUAUAACCUAUAUAUAUGUCGUCUGUGUGUGUGUGUUGAUGUAUAUAGAAUGAGAGGGCAAGAAAAGGUAUAAAUCUCUUAUACCAUAUUACUUACCAGCAUUCUAGCCGCUGCGGUCUUUCUAUAUGUAAGGAAAAAUUGUAUACGUAUUCUUUUCCUGUCGGAAGCCAAGCCUUUUACCAAAUCAAAGUCCCGUAUGAUUUUACUCAUAUUAUUAUUUGCUCAAUACUGUAAUGUAAACCCUUCAUUGACAUGAGAUACGGUCUAAUAAACAUACCAAAAAACUUUUCACAACAAUCCUGAUAAUUCACAGCACAACAAAACCGUUUUAUUUACUUCCAUCUUUGUAGAAUAACUAAGUUUAAAACUUCAUGAAAAAAAUGUCCUCCAAAACUAAGUCAUACCUUCAUAAUCAUAGUUUUUAGGUUAUGUAAUAAACGUAUGCGUUGGAAUACUUUUGUGUUUAUGCAUAUGUAAUGAGAAUCUUGUCGAUUAUUGUAAUAAAUAACAAACAAACAAACACGCACACACACAUAUAUUUAUAUAUGUAUAUAAAGGCAAAACCCACGAAGAAAAGUGAAACAAUAAAGUAACCACUGCAAGGUCUUUCGAUUCUCGUCCUUUGCGAAACUUCGUAAAGGACGAGAGUUGAAAGGCCUCCUCGCAGCGGUUAAUCCAUUGUUUCAUUUCCUUCGUGGAUUUUUGUCUUUAUUUAUAUAUAUUCAUCGCGUUCCAUAUUUUCGUGAUUCAGCUACACAUACAUACACACACAUAUAUAUAUAUAUUAUAAAUUU